AUGCAGCACAUCAACCAGCAUCACCCUCACCAGCAGCAGCAAGCAGCACAACCGCCCCAGCAACCCCAGCCGACCUAUGAUUUGACUAAUGGCGGCCAUUAUGGUGCGUCUGCGGCGAUUGUUGCUUCAGGUGUGCAACCACAGGUUGGCAUUUACACAGGUCCCUUCACCAAUGUAUCGCAGGGUCUACAGGGCACCUACAAGGACAUCCUAUCCACUUACUGGGAACACUCGAUCGUAUCUCUCGAAAGCGAAGACCACGACUACAAAUCCCACCAAUUGCCCCUCGCCAGAAUAAAAAAAGUUAUGAAGGCGGAUCCUGAGGUAAAGAUGAUAUCGGCCGAGGCGCCGAUUCUUUUUGCCAAAGGGUGUGACAUGUUUAUCACGGAAGUAACGAUGCGAGCCUGGAUACAUGCAGAAGAGAAUAAGAGAAGAACCCUGCAAAGAUCCGAUAUAGCCAAUGCUUUAGCCAAAAGCGACAUGUACGACUUUUUAAUAGAUAUCGUCCCGAGGGAAGAGGCGACUUCACAUACUAAGAGGUCUACAGCUGGCGGCACCGGUGCUGCUAGUAGCGCUGCUUCAGCCAGCAGCCAUCAUGCAGCUCCACAGCAGCAAGUUCCUACGGCAUCAAUUCCUCAAAACCAUCAAAAUAUGAUGCCACCGCAAGGAGGUUCCCAAGCACCACACCCUCCGGGACAUCCGUCCGGUAUGCCUUCUCAGCAAUAUGGGAUGGCACCUCUCGAUACCCAAGAUCCAAACUAUGCCCACUACCAGCAGAAUCCUCAGGGAAACACAUAUACACAGGAUGGGCAAAUACAAUACGAUAUGAAUCAGAUAUAUAACUAUUCAGCUAUGCCACCGCCGAUGCAACAACAACACAUGUAG